AAAUGGCUUCCAAGAGCUUGAAGCUAUCGAAUUAUCUACGGUUCUUCUGCAAUUUCAAUUUCAAUCCUUUAACCCCUUAUCGCUUUUCACUCCUAAACAGCACCAGAGGGAAAAACUCCAUAGAUUUGAAGCAGUAUCCCCCAGAGCUCGUAAGAAGCUUCUCGGCUGCACAAUUUAAUCAUGGCAACUCCAUUCAAAGGAAAGGCCAUGGACACCCUCACUAUCUUGAUGAGUCUCAGGUUGAGAGAGUAAGGGGAAUCAUGGUUAAAGCAAAGUCAACAAGAAUGUUCUAUAAGCGUAGCAGAAAUGGUGAUGAUUGUAGUGUUGGAAAGGAGUCACAUACAUUUUCACAAAAUCCUAUUGGCAGUCCCGAGUCAUGUUCACAGCUCAAAGUUGAUGUUGACACACUCACCAGAAUCAUCAACGACCACCCUUUCCCAUUGCAACCCCUUCACCCUACACUCCUCCACCUCCUCCCUCCUUCCUCUUUCUCUACUUCCCUUGUGGAAAACGUCCUCGGCCGGCUGUUUGCUGCACAUUCCAAUGGUCUCAAGGCCUUGGAAUUCUUCAACUACUGCCUCAUCCAUUCCCAUUUGCCCUUAAGUCCUGAUUCACUCAACAUGACCCUCCACAUCCUUGCACGGAUGCGUUAUUUUGACAAAACUUGGGUCCUGUUGAGGGACAUUGCAAGAAGCCACCCUUCUUUGCUCACCCUUAAGUCAAUGAGCAUUGUGCUCUCAAAAAUCGCCAAAUUCCAAUCCUUUGAAGACACCCUUGAUGGGUUUAGAAGGAUGGAAGAUGAAGUGUUUGUUGGCAGGGAAUUUGGCACCGAAGAGUUCAAUGUGCUUCUUAAAGCAUUUUGUACACAGAGGCAGAUGAAGGAAGCCAGGUCUGUGUUUGCGAAGCUUGUGCCACGGUUUACUCCUAAUACCAAGUCCAUGAAUAUUCUUCUCCUGGGGUUCAAAGAAUCAGGUGAUGUUACUUCUGUUGAGCUUUUCUAUCAUGAAAUGGUUAAGCGUGGUUUUAGUCCGGAUGGAGUGACAUUUAAUGUUAGGAUUGAUGCUUACUGCAAGAAAGGUUGUUUUGUUGAUGCUUUGAGACUUCUGGAGGAGAUGGAGGGGAGAGAUAUUGUCCCUACCAUUGAAACUAUAACUACUUUGAUUCAUGGAGCAGGGUUGGUUCGAAAUAUAGGCAAGGCGUGGCAGCUGUUUAGUGAGAUUCCUUCAAGAAACUUGGUUGCCGACACUGGCGCUUAUAAUGCUUUGGUUACUGCUUUGGUUAGAAACAGAGAAAUUGAAUCUGCUUUGUCCUUGGUGGAUGAGAUGGCUGAAAAACACAUCGAGCUAGAUGGUGUCACUUACCAUACAAUGUUCUUAGGAUUGAUGAGGUCAAGAGGGAUUGAAGGUGUGAGUGAGCUUUACCAGAAGAUGACUCAAAGGGGUUUUGUUCCAAAAACAAGGACAAUUGUAAUGCUGAUGAAGUUUUUCUGUCAAAAUUAUCAGCUUGAUUUAAGUGUAGGUCUGUGGAAGUACCUGGUGGAGAAAGGGUACUGUCCCCAUGCUCAUGCUUUAGAUCUUCUGGUCACUGGAUUGUGUGCAAGGGGUUUGGUGCAUGAUGCUUUUGAGUGCUCCAAACAAAUGUUGGAGAGAGGAAGACACAUGAGUAGUGCAUCAUUUCUGAUGCUGGAGAGGUUUUUGUUGCAGGCGGGUGACAUGGACAAGUUGAAGGAGCUUGACCAGAUGAUUAAAAAAUUGCAGAGUGUCUUACCACCGUCUAGAGGAAACACUACUGGUAUUUUUACCUCUAGGGUUAUAACGUAGCAUCAUUUAGUCUAAAAUACAACAACUAUUGCCGCCCUGAUUUUGAUGGAUUUUUCUUUUGUACUAACAUGUUAUUUCUCUGAAUUACAAUUUAACGAUCAUAG